GUGAGCCCGGAGCCAAGCUUUCACACCAACAUAUCUCUUCCAGCGAGAGAGGUGGAUUUAUUUUACCCGCCCGGCGCCGGCUCACACCGUCCGCUCACAGACAAUAAGUGGAGUUCACGCCGAUCACAACAAAAGGAGUAACGCUAAGAUGACAGAGGGCCGUCUGUGCCAGGUUCACCUCCUUGAUGACAGGAAGCUGGAGCUGCUGGUUCAGCCCAAGCUGUUGUCCCGUGACCUGUUAGAUUUGGUGUCUUCACAUUUUAACUUGAAGGAAAAAGAAUACUUUGGGUUAUGCUUCAUAGAUGACACUGGUCAGAGUAACUGGCUCCAGUUGGAUCGCAGAGUUCUUGAUCACGACUUCUCCAAGAAGACCAAUCCUUUGGAGCUCAAGUUCCUGGUGAGGUUUUAUAUUGAGAGGAUCACAUACCUGAAAGAGAACACAACAGUGGAACUCUUCUUUCUGAAUGCAAAGUCUUCAGUUUUCAAUGAGGGCAUCGAAGUGGAGGCUGAAAAUGUCUUCAAGUUAGCCGCAUUCGCACUGCAGGAGGCGAAAGGAGAAUACACCAGUGUUGAGACAGCUAGAUCAGACCUGAAGCAGCUCCCUGUUCUGCCCACCCGAGUCCUGAGGGAGCACCCAUCUCUGGCUUACUGUGAGGACAGAGUGAUCGAGCAUUACAAGAAACUGAAGGGGCUGAGCAGAGGACAAGCCAUUGUGCAGUAUCUGGCCUUAGUGGAGUCCCUGCCAACAUAUGGAGUCCAUUAUUACCCAGUGAAGGACAAGCAGGGAAUACCGUGGUGGUUGGGAGUCAGCUACAAAGGCAUUGGCCUGUAUGAUUUACAGGAUAAGCUGAAACCAAGAAAGUUAUUUCAGUGGAAGCAGUUGGAGAAUUUGUAUUUCCGUGAGAAGAAAUUUGCAGUCGAAGUCAACGACCCACACAGAAGGACAGUGACCAAACGCACUUUUGGGCAGACUGGCUUGGUUAUCCACACAUGGUAUGCCAGCCACUCUCUGAUUAAAACCAUCUGGGUGAUGGCCAUCAGUCAGCACCAGUUCUACCUGGACAGGAAGCAGAGCAAAUCCAAAAUUUCGUCAACCAGGAGUUCGGGAGACAUCGCUAUGGACCUCACUGAGAUCGGCGCCCCACGGAUCAGUAAACUGUCCAGCAUGGAGAGCAAAGACCAGCUCAUUAUGGCCAGCAACGGGAGCCUUAUCUCUGCCGGUUCUGCCGACUCUGAAGUCAGCGAAGACCAGAAGAAAGAGAAGAUUGCCGAGCUGAAGAAGAAAGAAAAGGAUCUUCAAGACACACUGACUCAGAAACUGGAGGAGCUGAAGAAGAUAUGCAUGAGAGAAGCUGAGCUUACCGGGAUGCUGCCUAAAGAGUAUCCCUUGGCCACAGGUGAAAAAGCCCCACAAGUACGACGCCGUGUGGGAACAGCCUUCAAACUAGAUGACCUUUUCCCCCAUGAUGAGGACCCCCACCUGAGGAAUCUGGAGAGCAGGUUUGCCCUGCAGCAGAAGAUUGUGGAAGCAGCCAUGAAGCUGGCCAACGAGGGUGACCUCUGCAAGACAGUCAAGAAAAAGAGGAGAAACAACUAUCUGGAUUCAAUGAGGAAGCUGCAGGAGAUUGAGGAUGAGAUCAACGCCUAUAGGGUCAAGACUGGAAAGAAACCCACGCAAAGAGCCUCACUGAUUAUAGCAGAUGAUGUCAACCCUUCAGAGCUCAGCUCUCUGUCUGACAGCCUCACACUGGAUGAUGAUGAUGAGCUCAGUUCCCAGAGGCAGCGGUCGAGGUCGGUCCAGUACUCUCCUAAGCCUCAUCAUGCAGACACACUGGACAUGCACUACCAUAAAGACAGACGGGCCUCUGCUAUUGACCAGAACAGCGACAGCAGAUUAAAUUAUGGCCAAGUCCAGGAAUCACACCACUAUAAUCUCCGCAACGCCUUAUCGAGCCACAGCAGCCCAUACAAGCAAGGUUCAAGACAGCCACGUGACGCGCGCAGCAUGCCUCCAACCCCCCUCCUCACCCGCAACGCCUACAGCAGCACCCAGCUCAGGUCAGACGAUGGCCCACAGCAUUUCCGCCAGCGGAGCGGUAGUUUGGAGUCACAGUCGCAGUUCCUGACAGAGAGCGAGCCACCAGCGCCAGCCUUUGCCCUCUCACCAGCCCGACGUAGCAACAGCACGGAGGUCCUCGAUGACGGCUCCUCCUACACAAGCCAGUCUAGCGUUGAGUAUAACGCCCCCGGUAACCACACCCACCGACGCAGAGCCCGCGGCCGCCACCGAAAGGACAUGUACGCCAACACUGGUAGCAUGCCCAACCUGGCCCAGCCCGACACCCGCUGCUACGCCUACCAGCCUCGGGCGCGGCCCACCACCACGGCCUACUACGUGACGGGCUAUCCCAGCUACGCGGAGCCGGAGCCUUACCCCAAUGGAGUGUACAUGUACGAUAACGAGAUGGAGGGACACUACAGCGUCAAUCCCUCGUACCACCCCACCGCAACGGCCUAUCACAGCCAGGAUAUGUACGGUCGCUACGGCAGUGACGAGAUGGACAGCAUGUCACAGAACCCGUACGCCACCCUGCGGCCACCCAGGAACCGCCCGGUGCCGCGAAGCAACGAGCAGGUGAACAAGAACAUCCAGAAGGCUUUGGUGGCGGAGCACUUGAGAGGCUGGUACCACCGCAACACGGGACACAAGCAGGCAGCGUACGACUACGACUAUGACAGAGGCUCCCAGCAGAGCCUAGGCUACCAGACCAUGCCUUCGCAGUACAGCUACAACAGGACUGUCUCCUACUCAUCAGUAUCGUCAGCUGCCUCUACUGGGAACUGGCACGGCCACACGGGCGUUGGUAUGGCAGAGUACGACGUGCCAGCACAUGCGCAGCAGUCCUACUCUUACGGCACAGCUCACUACAGCCACCCCCCCCACAACAGAUGUCCCCCAGAGUUUGUGGUGCGGAGCAGUGAUAGGAUGGUGCGCCCUGCAGGGCCAUUAGAGAAGUAUGGUGCUGUUGCCUAUGCUACUGACCAGGAAAAUUACCCCCCUCAAUAAUCAGUGGCACAGCACAGAAGAAAGGAUCCUACGUAGAUGUCAACCAAAUGGACUCACACAUCAGCAGCCAAAUGAACAGUAACAUGGAUCCAGAUGAACAGAUUUACUGGCACGAGGACUCAAAACCAGGAACAAUAGUUUAGUCGCCGACCUGCCAUCGUAACAUGUGACACUUUCACAUUGAGAAGUUGUCAUUGUGCCUUAGACUGCACUUACCAGUUUUUCUGGAAAAGAGAAUCAGAAGAAUCAAGGAACUACUUCUGUGGACUGCGACCCGUAAAGGAACUAAGUCUUUGGGUUCGCUGAGAUACAGCUGCCAAACUGACCUGGAUCCCUGUGUGCUUUCUAAAGAAACCCCCCCUCUUGACGUCUGUACGUGCUGGAUUGCGAGAUUGCGAGUGUGUGUGGUGAUGGCACUUGUGUUGUGCACUGACCUUGUACCAGGAAGAGCUGCUGUGACGGUGGGGUGUAGCCAAAGGGAACGGGGACUCCAAACUCCUAAACUUACCCAGUGUUGCCCUGUACAGAUACUGGCUUCACACAACCGAGGAUAAGGACCGUCCCUGAUGUAGGAUACUGAGCCGCGAUGAACAACAAGAAAGACUCGUCGUAUUCUGCCACUUCGACAAAUGUACAAACACUGUAACUAUGAAGGAUCUGUUGAGUAUUGCUUUUAUUGAAAUGAAGGAUUGACUCAUUAAAAAUGAGUCCAAAGAUGGCUGCCUGCUGAAAUUAUCUCCAGUCACCAGAUCCGGUUGUCGUAGCAUUGCUUGUAACUACUGCACUGCUUUGUGUAUCAUUGUUUGUCAUUAAAAUUUGCAGCAGUCAUUAUAAGGUGUUCAACUGUUUCCAGUCUUGUCAGUAAUUAUAACACCGUUCAGCCAAAUACUUCUUUGUUAUACCAUCUGAGUAUUGCCCUAAGUCACCAACUUUGAUAGUGCUGAGUUUUUUAAUGCAUUAAAAGCCACAUCUCAUCUGGUCACUGCAGAAAUACAGAAAUUAGACUUUUAUUUUUAAACAAGUUUACUGUAUCCAUGCUGGAAACCAUGGACUGGUGCUCCCGAAUUCUCUCAAGAGAGUGAAGCUGUAUGUACAUGUUGGUAUUGUAAAUACAUUGUUUCUGUCUUUUUUGGAGCCUUUUUAUGUAUUUGAAAAAAAAAAGCAUGUAAUAUAUAUAGUAAACAAUUUGUUAAGCUGGUUCUUAGUAAUUUGUAUAACUGCAUUUGUUUGAAUUUUUAAAAAUCAGCAUUUGAA